AUUAGCAUGUGGCCAAUGAUCUUAAGUAUGCAAAUGUUUGACAUUACUCCAAAUUAUUGCCAAUAGUAUCUGCGUGGACACCAGUUGAGUUGCUUCAUUUUCAACAGCGAACGAUAAGCGGAGUACACUAUAAAAAAUUCGCUAGCACAAAAAGUGACAUAUCAGCAAGCAAUAUCAUUGUUUCUAUUUGGAUUUGAUGUGCAAGAUGACAUUUGAGGAACUAAGUGGGGAUUAUUCUACAGAAAGGAUGGAUACAGUGGCCAAAGCCUUGGAAGAGGUUCUCUCAUCGGCAUUACCCCAAGGAUGCAUAACAGUAGGGGUCUAUGAAGCAGCAAAGUCAUUGAAUGUAGAUCCAGAUAAUGUGGUUCUGUGCAUCCUGGCAACGGAUGACGAGGAUGUAAAGGACGUGGCCCUUCAGAUCCACUUCACCCUUAUCCAGGCAUUCUGCUGUGAGAAUGACAUCAACAUCCUGCGAGUGAACAACACCAGGCGUCUGGCAGAGAUACUUGGCGGGGGAGGGAAACAAGGGGGAGAGCCCAUGGACCUGCACUGUGUCCUGGUCACUAGCCCACACUCCUCGUCCUGGAAAGACCCGGCCCUGAGCAAAGUUAACCGCUUCUGCAGGGAGAGCCGUUGCAUGGACCAGUGGGUGCCCAUCAUCAACCUCCCAGAGCGCUGAAGGGUCCCCCUUCC